AUGGGGCGCCCUUGGAUUCCUCACGCCCAGGGCAGCUGGCAGCGCCGGCCGCUCCCGGGCAUCCUCUCCCCGCCACCGAGGGGAACUCCUCUCCCCGCCACCGAGGGGAACGAGCGGCCCCGGAGGCUGCGCGGAGCUCAAACCACAGCUCCCCCUCCCGGGCCCUCCGCGCCCCCGACCCGACCCGGCCCGGCCGCCGCUCCCUCCACGCGGCCGUGCAGAGACACCCCGGAUUGGCACCGGCACCGGGGCCGUGCAGAGACCCCCCGGCAUCGGCACCGGGGCCGUGCAGAGACACCCCGGAUUGGCACCGGCACCGGGGCCGUGCAGAGACCCCCCGGCAUCGGCACCGGGGCCGUGCAGAGACACCCCGGAUUGGCACCGGCACCGGGGCCGUGCAGAGACCCCCCGGCAUCGGCACCGGGGCCGUGCAGAGACACCCGGCAUCGGCACCGGCACCGGGGCCGUGCAGAGACCCCCCGGCAUCGGCACCGGCACCGGGGCCGUGCAGAGACCCCCUGGCAUCGGCACCGGGGCCGUGCAGAGACCCCCUGGCAUCGGCACCGGGGCCGUGCAGAGACACCCCGGCAUCGGCACCGGCACCGGGGCACCGGCACCGGGGCCGUGCAGAGACCCCCCGGCAUCGGCACCGGGGCCGUGCAGAGACACCCCGGAUUGGCACCGGCACCGGGGCCGUGCAGAGACCCCCCGGCAUCGGCACCGGGGCCGUGCAGAGACACCCCGGAUUGGCACCGGCACCGGGGCCGUGCAGAGACCCCCCGGCAUCGGCACCGGGGCCGUGCAGAGACACCCCGGAUUGGCACCGGCACCGGGGCCGUGCAGAGACCCCCCGGCAUCGGCACCGGGGCCGUGCAGAGACACCCCGGAUUGGCACCGGCACCGGGGCCGUGCAGAGACCCCCCGGCAUCGGCACCGGGGCCGUGCAGAGACACCCCGGAUUGGCACCGGCACCGGGGCCGUGCAGAGACCCCCCGGCAUCGGCACCGGGGCCGUGCAGAGACACCCCGGAUUGGCACCGGCACCGGGGCCGUGCAGAGACCCCCCGGCAUCGGCACCGGCACCGGGGCCGUGCAGAGACCCCCUGGCAUCGGCACCGGGGCCGUGCAGAGACACCCCCGGAUUGGCACCGGCACCGGGGCCGUGCAGAGACCCCCCGGCAUCGGCACCGGCACCGGGGCCGUGCAGAGACCCCCUGGCAUCGGCACCGGGGCCGUGCAGAGACACCCCCGGAUUGGCACCGGCACCGGGGCCGUGCAGAGACCCCCCGGCAUCGGCACCGGCACCGGGGCCGUGCAGAGACCCCCUGGCAUCGGCACCGGGGCCGUGCAGAGACACCCCCGGAUUGGCACCGGCACCGGGGCCGUGCAGAGACCCCCCGGCAUCGGCACCGGCACCGGGGCCGUGCAGAGACCCCCUGGCAUCGGCACCGGGGCCGUGCAGAGACACCCCCGGAUUGGCACCGGCACCGGGGCCGUGCAGAGACCCCCCGGCAUCGGCACCGGCACCGGGGCCGUGCAGAGACCCCCUGGCAUCGGCACCGGGGCCGUGCAGAGACACCCCCGGAUUGGCACCGGCACCGGGGCCGUGCAGAGACCCCCCGGCAUCGGCACCGGCACCGGGGCCGUGCAGAGACCCCCUGGCAUCGGCACCGGGGCCGUGCAGAGACACCCCCGGAUUGGCACCGGCACCGGGGCCGUGCAGAGACCCCCCGGCAUUGGCAUCGGCACCGGGGCCGUGCAGAGACACCCCGGAUUGGCACCGGCACCGGGGCCGUGCAGAGACACCCCGGCAUCGGCACCGGCACCGGCACCGUCACCGGGGACGUGCAGAGACCCCCCGGCAUCGGGAUCGGCACCGGGGCCGUGCAGAGACCCCCUGCACCGUGCAGAGACAGGGACCAGCACCGCCGAGAGAGCCCCGGCACCGGGACAGCCGAGACCUCCCCCCGGCACCAGGACCAGGACUGGGAGCACCGAGAGACCCCCCUGGCUCCGGACCGACCCCCCGCGCCAUGGCGGGCGGCAGAGCGGGGUCCCGGCGGCGGCCGAUGACCUUGGCCGAGGCGGGCCCGGGCACGGAGAACGAGCGGCUGGGCUUGGUCCGGCUGAGCAUGCUGCGCAACCCGCUCAUCCUCAAGCCAGAACUGGGGAAGCCCAUGAGAAACUGCUACUCCCUGCCAGGCCUUGAUUUUACCUAUGGGAUGUACAUGCACAAGAGAGAUGGAGGAGUGGCUGAAGCCAUAGGCCACUGGGAUUCAGUGAAGGCCAAGCC